AUGAAACGAUGGCUGUCGGCACUGUGCCACGUCGUCUUAUUGCUGAUGAUGACCAAUGCUAUCACCAUUAUCAGAAUACCGAAACCAUCCCCUCUUUCCGGAGUACCUCUCGAACCAAAACCACAAUCAAACCUCGAAAAACUCGAUAAUCCCAUAUCGGGGCUGAAGAAAAACCCCGCAUCAGAUAAAGACAUCAUACUAAACGAUUCUGCUAUACCCUCGACAUUAAGGACGGUGAUAAUGCCGGCGUACGUGAGUUUGCACGCUACUGGAAAGCUUUCGUUGGGCGAGAGAAAAACUACCGACGUAGUUGGCUCGAAUGCGACUAAUCCCUCGGCAAUAAGUUCGUCGCAAAUUCACGAGGGGGCUGAGGAGGUUUCGAGCACAGAUAUUGUUGAAUAUUCUACCACGAGUGCACCGUCCAGUAACGGGUUCCCGACAGGAGAAACUGUAAGUUGUUUUAAA